AUGGCCGUUAUUCAAAAAUAUGGCAAGAACUAUAGUCCAGAUUUGGUCUGCCACAAGGACAACCAUCCCCCCGCCAAGAUCGGAGUCCCUGGGUGCCAUAAGAAGUGGCCUGAACACAACACCAGCUGGUCAAGGCCUGUGGCGAGGAUAUGGACAGUGGUGCUGCUGUUGGGGACGUGCCUCCUGUACUGUGCCCGUGUGGCGAUGCCUAUCUGUGCCGUCAGUAUGGCAGAGCAGUUUGGCUGGAGCAAGAGGGAGUCCGGCAUGGUACUGGGCAGCUUCUUCUGGGGCUACUGCUUCACCCAGGUGUUCGGAGGCUACGUGAGUGACAGGGUGGGAGGUGAGAAAGUCCUCCUGUUGUCUGCAGCAGCCUGGGGUUCAAUGACAGCUUUCACCCCAAUCCUGGCCCACUUCUGCUCCCAGCCGAUCCUCUCCAUGACACUAGCCCGCUUCCUUAUGGGCUUGCUGCAAGGAGUUCAUUACCCUUCUCUUGCAAGUCUGUGCUCACAAAAGGUGGUGGAAAGCGAAAGAGGCUUCCUCAUGAGCACCGUGGGUAGUGGCUCCUACCUGGGCACUUUGGUCAUUGGAGGGGCUGGCUCCCUCAUGUUGGACCUAUAUGGCUGGCAGAGUGUUUUCUAUGUUUCUGGACUCCUUUCGGUCCUGUGGGCCUACUGCAUGUGGAAAUAUCUACUCAAAGGAGAAGGGCCUAUAAUCACCCUAGAGUCCCUGGGCAGCAAUGGGGCCCAGUCCAAACUGUCCAAAAGACAUUGGUUACGGCUCUUAAAACAACCUGCUGUCUGUGCUGUAAUAGUGACGCACCUUUGCACAGCAAGCACCUUCUUCACUCUUUUAUCGUGGCUGCCAACAUUCUUUAAAGACACUUUCCCUGGCGCCAAGGGCUGGGUGUUCAAUGUUAUUCCUUGGUUAGUGGCCAUACCUUCAUCACUCUUUAGUGGAUGUCUCUCUGACCACCUCAUUAGUCAAGGCUUUGAUACAGCAUCAGUGAGGAAGUUGAUGCAGUUUUUCUCCAUGGGUGUGUCCAGUGUGUUUACCCUUCUUCUGUGUGGCACCACUACCUUCCCCUGGGCUGUAGCAUUUGUGUCUGCCACCAUGGGCCUCACCACCUUCAGUCACAGUGGUGUCUCUGUAAAUGUUCAAGAUCUCGCUCCGUCCUGUGCUGGAGCUUUAUUUGGUGUUAUGAAUACAUGUGGUGCUUUCUCAGGGGUCUUAAUGGUGUACUUCUCGGGGUAUCUCAUUGAGGCAACGGGCUCAUGGGCUUCUGUGUUUGCCCUCAUCACCACAAUCAACCUGCUCGGCCUCUGCACCUUCCUGGCAUUUGCUGAGGCACGGCGGGUUGACAUUGACUCUACUAAGGUCCGCCACCACAAUAUUCACAUCUAAAUCAUCAGUCAUUGGAGGGAGCAGAAUGCGAUCUUGGACAACCAGCAGCUGGGAUAUUAUCCAGUGCAUAUCAAGCAGUGCAAAGAUAAAUGCUAUGAACAGCUAUUAGGAAAACGUUGAUUGACUCUGUGGUUGUUUGACUGCGACCGUUACUGAAAACCACACAGCAGAGCCUCCACAAUGUUACUGGAAAUUCUCGUGGAGCUGUAGCCUCGGAUCCUGGAAGAAGACAACUGGGUUAAAGGGUGCUGCGCUAGUUAAGGAGGAACAUGGAAGGGUGAAGACUGGAGGAGGAAAGACACUACUUCCAGGUCUCAGCUUGUGCACCGUGGAAAACAGUUUACGCUUAUCAUAUGUUACAGACUAUGUUACUUAGGAAUAAGAAAAUCACGGAGAUUGUUAUCUGAAAGCCAAAGCCCACUGCUCUGCUGUGUUUGUGUGUGUGUGGAAAGAGCUGUGAGAGUGAUGGAUGUGUUACUCUCAGGAGUGAGAGCUGUGACAGUCCAAGGUGGUUUGUUUGUACCCUCAGGCGGUGUGGGUGACACAGGGAGAGUCCAGCCUCUCCUACCUGAAGGAUUUUAGUACGCCCCUCUCAGCCAUCACUGAGCAAUCUGAAUGACACAUCAUUACCCAUCCACUAAUUACUAUGAAGGUGGUUUAAUGUCCCAUACAAUUUACCUUCUUUAGUUCCCAUCUCCAUGACAGCAAAGCUUUGAAUAAGUGCACUGUCUCUGAUUGUUCUCUCAAAUGGUCUGUUUUGAGUUGGAAAAAAAGGUUAUUAAUUAAUUUAAUUAAUUGUAUUUUAUUUCUCUGUAACUGCAUGUAAUAGAAAUACCUCACUUAAUUGCUUUGAGUAAUUUUAUAUUUAUAUGGAAUAAUGAGUUUCACAUUUUUUUCUUACCACAUUGAAUAG